AUGUCUAAAAUUACUAAUUAUGAUAAGAUUUGUAGUGUUUGUAGUGAAAAGGCUGAAGGUUAUAAUUUCUGUGCCCUCACGUGUCAACCCUGUAAGGCAUUCUUUAGAAGAAAUGCUUUCAAAUUACAGAAAUACAAGUGUCGUUUUGGAGAUAACUGUCAGAUCAAUGUUAAGACCAGAAAGUUUUGUAAGAAAUGUAGACUCAAAAAGUGUUUUGCUAUUGGAAUGAAUAAAGAUUGGAUUUUAAAUGAAGAAGAAAGACGAGUAAGAAAUGAAAAGAUUGAGACAAAUCGUCAAUCGAAACAAUUGUAUCAAAAACAGUACAAACAAUUGGUUAACAAAUGA